CAACUUAUAGUAAAUCAUGAUAUAUAGGGGGACUGGAUAUUAAAAAUUGAACUUGAAAUGAGUCAAUGAAAAGAUCAAAGCUGGACUAAAUUGUAAAACUAAAAACACAAAAUCAAGCUUAACCUCUUCUUUUCACCGCUCUUCGCUCUUUUGCCCUGUCCAAACGUAGAGCAAAGAAACAGCAGUAAAAGACAAUUCCUUUAAUGCCCUUGAAAAAAAAAAAAAAGCCUAAACUGAUAUACAAACUUGAAAUUUCCGGAGAUUGCAAUGCGAUGAGCUAAGAAGGUUUUAAGACCAGACGAAAGAAAUUGCAGGCAUUAAUCAGAAUCAAUGUUGUGUAGACUAAAAUUACAGGUAGCUGACCUCAGCCUCACCUCCAUCGAUCGCGCGUACCCUACUAACAACAACAUCCGCCCGCCCCGUCGCUUCCGUAAUCCCCGCCUGCCGCUCUGCCGCUUCGCUUCUCUCUCCGUUCGAUCAGAGUACGGUUCAGCUUCACCAUCAUCAUCGUCAUCGUUCUCAUCUCAGCCGCCGGUGUCUACUCACUAUGUCUCCUCCGUGGGGUCCUCCUCUCUCCAGCUCUCUCAAUGGACCCUCACCAACCGCCACAUCCUCGUGCUCAACGUCGUCGCUUGCGCUGUGGCAGUUUCGGCAACUUGGCUUUUUUUCUCUGCAAUCCCCACUCUUUUGGCUUUCAAGAGAGCAGCAGAGUCACUAGAGAAGCUAAUGGAUGUCACCAGGGAAGAGCUUCCUGAUACAAUGGCUGCUGUUCGCUUGUCAGGCAUGGAGAUUAGUGACUUAACGAUGGAGCUUAGUGAUUUGGGGCAAGAGAUUACUCGAGGUGUUAGAAGCUCAACUAGCGCUGUUCGCAUAGCUGAGGAGAGAUUGCGUUGGUUAACAGACAUUGCUUCAUCAGCUUCGGUGCAGGAGGUAGCCAAACAGAAAACUGAGGUGUCAGGGCCACUGAUAGCUCGAACUGCAAGAAGCAUGAGGGAGGGAAUUGUAAAGGGUCGUGCCAUAUUGAAAAUAUUUUUCACUCUUACCCGAUUUUCUAGGAUGGCUAUAAACUAUUUUGCCAGCCGACGUAAGCGGUAGAGCCAUGGAGUCAAGCUCUGUGUUGAUUGCAGUCAAAGCAUCAUUCCUUUGCUGAAAUACGUACAUCAUGAGAAGAUUUUCAUUUGGGCCAGUCGACGUGCUACCCACUUGUCAAUCAAAUGACAAGUUCAGCUUGAGAUCUUUAGCUUCCACCUCCCAUUUCUUCCCUUCUUGUUUCUACCAUCUGAGCAUGUAAAGGUAUUUGUGUAUGCUGCUGGGUUUGUUAGUAGUUUUGCGCACUAAUAUUACUUUUCUGAUGUUAAUUUUAGUUAACUCACUCUGAAUUAUUCAGAGGCUAACAAGGAAACUUGUAAUUUUUGAUUGAACAUGGAGAUAUUUCAAUUGGUCUAGUGGGGGCUCCAUGCUGAAUGUGGAUAAGAGACAUGCUAAAUUGCCAGUAGAAGACAAAUACUCCAUAACAAAGUGAAAAGGGAACAAAUCACUACACUUCUACAUCUACACAGCCCCACUAAACAAUGAUUUCACUACUCGAAUGCUGUGUUUGAUUUGUUCUUCUUGUCCAUUUACUCAUAACUGUAUGCUGCUUAUGGUUAGCCUAGUUCAUUCCCUUGUUUUUUUUAAAAAAUAGUUCAUUCCCUUGUAUUUUAACUCAACAACAAGUAGUUUAUACUCUUUAUAAUUGCUUGUUUCUGUCUUAGUCUCUUUCUUAUAAGGAAAGACUCAUCUUGAAGUAGGUAGUUACCUA